GAUGAAACAAGAAUUUUGAACAACUUCUACUUUUUAUAUUGUUUUAUUUCACAGACACAGGGUGGACGUUGUGUGCGGAUAUGGAUUUAGUAAAAUUUUUAGUGUGGUCGCUGUCUAGUCUGGUAAAAGUUAAGAUUUGGAUCGUGUGCCGGGAAGAAAUUUCGUGCAGUGUGUCCGAAGUGCACACCUACACGACAAACUACUUUAGACGAAACUGCUGUGUACUACUACUACUAAAGCUAAAGUAAGUAUGCAGUAGAAGGAUUUUUGUCGUCUCAACGACCUCUCCAUCAUGUCGUGACACUGUAGGGAUCCAGUAAUAGGUUUUUACAGCAGGGAUCAGCAUGGCCAUGCCGAUGUCUACCACUUCCAGACACUGCAGCAUGGCGGGGUCGUUCUCAGUGCAAGAACGUGUGGGGAGGACCUCGAGUGCUUUUUCAACAUCCCUUCUGGCGACAUCACAACUGCUACUCUUCGCUUUCUCUCUCUACAGCCUCAUCCCCAGCACGAGCGAUGUCCUCGUUGCCGCCCUGUCCUCCGAGGAGUUGCAAAACGUCGCCUGCGACCUGCAGAGCUUCAUCGUCGAGGAGCCCGCGACGAAAGCACACCUACUGGAAGUGCUCUCCCAAUGGGACGCGCACGCGGAAAUGCAAGUGUUGGUCUUCAACGGCCACUUUGCCACGGGGAAGACGUACAUCAGCAACAUACUCGCGAAAGCGUUGGAGAACAUCGACGUCGGUGGCGGAAAUGUCGACCUGGAAACAAAAUUCGGGGCCGGCGGUGCGACGCUGGACAGUAGCUCCAGCGGGGGAGCUGGAGGGGCAAACGACGGCGCGGACCACCUGAACGGCAGGGGAGCAACAUCUUCAGGGGCCUCUAGCAAAACUUCCAGCAAUGGAGAUCAUAGUGGAAAUAAAGCAGCUGCUACACCCACGAACAUCAUGUCCACCACGGCGCAGACCGCCUCGACGUCCUCCUCUCACGUUGCGAUUUUCGUGACCGAGGACAGUUUUAUCUCCUCCGAGCAGUUUUAUCUGAAAAUCGAUGACAUUCUGAACACGGGCGCCGGGGAUCGCAUGAAGAUCAUCGUGUUUGACGACCUUCCCUGUUGGCGGGAGACGGAAAGGAUAACUCGCGUGUUGACCAGGUGCAUGCAGUUCAGCAACAAGUGCCGGGGCACACUGUUCGUGAUCACCAGCAACGACGGCUGGUGUGCGGACGACUACUGCAACCGAAAUAGCGAUCUAGAUAGGCAAUUUGACGACCUGACAGAGACUUUCACCGGAAAUCUGAAGCAACUGUUAACUUCUAGCAGUAGUGGUGGAUCUGCAAGAGUAGACCACGGGGAGGCCACAUCGACACAACACGCUGCGUCGGUCGCCACGACACGCACCCAAGAUCUAGUGCGCACAAGGUGUCGUGACGUACCGCAAAUGCCGGAGAGGUUGCGGAAGCUGUUCGCUUCAGCGAAGAGAGGAACAAACUCUGAUAAAUCAUCUUCCACCGGCGACAUUUCUGAAAUGCAACUUUUUGCCGCCACGGAGAGCUUGCAGUCCUGCGCGCUCCCGGGAAUUUCGUUAUCCCGGGAAGAGUGUGAAUACCGGGGAUGCUGCUGUGUAAACGAGGAUAUCGAAUGCAAAUCUGUCUGGGUCUGGAAGGAUGCGAACUUGUGAUGCGCAUUUCACAUGACUCAAAAAUCUGUCAUGCAUGGAAGCCAAAAGCUGCAGUGCACAUUUCUGGCCACCGAAAGAAGGGCCUUGCCAUGCGGGUUACGCAUUAAGAGACCUUCUGAAAACCUGUGAUGCUGGGGCGUGCAUGGUAGCCCUUCUGGGUCAUGCCAAAGCUGCAUCACAAACCUCUGCAUCCUUGCAGACCCAGACAUUUUUACUCUUGAUAGAGGAGCUUGACCAGGACCACCUUCACGGAGCUGGUUCAUCAGGCACGGAUGCCGAUUCUACAGGCAGUGCCAGCAGUGUCAAAAAUGGUAAAAACAAUAUGAAAAACAACAGACAUCACUCUCAACAGCAGAUCGACGCUAUCCCACAGAAAAAAGCUGGCAGGGCAUUUUUGUAAUGCGAAAAUAAAUACACAGAAAAGUCUGUCAUGGGCGGCCUCAUAGCAUGCUGUUUAGGAUACGCAAUACAGAUUUUUCUCUGUAUUUAUUUUUGCAUUACAAAUGUGACCUGCCAGCUUUUUUCUGUGGGAUAGAGGCCAACCGGUGCGACUUUUGCGGGUUGGAAAAAUCCUCGGAGGUGACCCAGGCCCACCUCCGAACCGCCUCCGCAGCCCGGUCCGGUCGCUACAUUGCGAAGGGCUUGUCGGAGUUCCCCCACUUCGUUGUGCUCGGCGCGAAUGGGAUGAUUUUUCAGCAGGAAGCGUGGGACCACUGGGGCAAACUCGCGGAGCGGAUGCUGAUCCAGAGCUUUCUCGAGGACGAUUUGCCGCGGUUGCUUUCCUCCCAAAUGGACCACGCGAAACGGAACUACAACUUGAAUCUCGAAAUUUUGGUCAACUGGGACGUGGACUACCCCCGGGAAUUCGCGAAGGCGGGCAUCGAGGAGGUGGUCGCGGGCGAGGCGCCGCGGAAUUUGCGAACCAGCAUCAAGAAGCUCGUCCGCGGCGACGUCAAGUCCCAGUGCCUCGGUGGGGUGUGCUUUUUACUGAAAACGAAGAUCCAACAACUGCUGAUGCGGCAGGAGCAGCUGUACGCAGCGAAAAAGGAGAAGAACGGAGGUUCAACUGUAUCCUAUGUAAAAACGCGCCCACACCAUAGUCAAGAUGGGGAAUCGGCUAGACAAAUCCACAAGUUUUGGCUGUUUUGCAUGACAAAUUUGGAUUCGUGGUGUAGUGCUGUUUGAGCUAGCUCAGCAGCAUCACAGAUCUAGCAUACCAUUCUGAUUGGAGCAUGACAAAUCGCAAAACACGAUUGGAAAAUGCUUCUCAUGGGGCUCCGCAUCAGAAACAUUUUUAGCAUGCAGAUUUGCAUUACAACUAUGGGGUGGGGGCGUUGUUAAAUAGGAUAACCUGUCUCCGCCCCCCGCCGCGCCGCGAAGUCCGCCUGGAACACGCUGUCGGGCACGCCGACCGGGGAGAAAAUUGCCCUGGCGGUCUUUCUAUGCACUGCAAAAAUGUCUGGGUCUGGAAGGAUGGAACUUGUAAUGCUAAUUCUGGAUUGUGCAAAAAUCUGUGUUGCAUGAAUGCCAAAAGUUGUCCACUUUUGACCAAGUUGAGAGGAAGUGUCUCAUGCAGGAUAGGCAUGAUAGGAGUCUCACAGAAUCUGUCAUGCUAGGGCCUGCAUUCCAGACGAUAUAGUUCAUGCACAAUCUGCAUGACGAGUCUCACAAUCUUCCAGACCCAGACAUUUUUGCAUUUGAUACUUUCUCGCGCCGACGGAAACCAACCCGGCGCAGGUGGCGGCGCUGUCGCUCCGGGCGGAGGUCAAGUCGGACACGAUGGAGAACAAACACGUGGUGGACGUGCAGAAAUUCGUCGGGGACGGCUUGGGUUUUCACCUCAGACAGCUGUUUCACUGGGGCUUCGCGGAUUUAAUAACACUGCUCGUGAGGAAAAGAAGACCGGAGGUCGCGCUGAACGUGUUGGCGGGCGGUGGAACUACAUCAGACGGUUCGUCAUCAUCAUCCUCUUCCGUUGUUGAUCCUGGUACCAAUGGUGUAGUACCUCCGGAGCAAGGAACAGCCGCCAACUUUCGACCCACUUCGCUGCCCCAGAUGCUGAAGCACGACGGCAAGCUGCUCCGGGAGCAAAUUGAGGAGAUCGAAAAAAGCUGGACUUCGGACUGUCCACACCUCCGGUUGUACGACGUGAAGGUGAUGCUCCCAACGAGUCUGCCCGCGGAGUGCUCGGCGGACGAACGAACUGCUAGUGGGUCAAGAUAUGCAUUGCAAAUUUGUCUGGGUCUGGAAAGAAUGGGAUUUGUGAUGCUAACUGACGACGAUAGAAAAAGCUGUAUUGCGUGAGCAGCAAAAGGCGUUAAAUUUUUGCCACCCGGAGAGGGUAUUAGUUUCUCAUGCGGAAUAGGCAUUAGCAAGGCUUUGCAAGAACUGUGAUGCUAAAGCAUGCAUUACAGGCAUCGCGGGUCAUGUACAAUUGUGCAUGACAAACUCCUCGAAUCUUGCAGACCCAGACAUAUUUGCACUCGAUACAAGAAUAAAUUCGGCAAUGAAUGAGCAGUACCGGAUUCUCUCCCCGCAGUGUCACUUCGGGAACAAGGACGAGCAUUUUUGCGGGCAAAACUAUGCAUUGCAAAAGUAUCCUCCUAGUAUAAAUCGCAAUACAAAUUUUUCCAGAAGGAAAAAUGGAAUUUUUAAUGCUGAUUUCGCUAAGCAACAAGAAUUGUCAUGCAUGAUUGCAAUUAGUACUACGAGUGCGGUACUUUUGCACAGGAUAAAAACCACGGGACGACAAUUAAGCGGAACCCCUUCUACGGCUCCAUUCUGGUGCAGUUUCGCGGGCACCCGAUUUGGAAGGUGCACAAAUGGUUGACGAGGUCGGAGCGGGAACGGGACUGCGACAACUACGUCGCGGACAAAUGGAUCUACGUGAAGCAGGUCCUGGUCGUCCCGGAAUGGCGACACACCAUGUCCGCUGCGGUUGGGGACGAAGUGUCGGCAGGAGCUUCGUCGCAGCAGCACGCCGUCAAAGCGCCGGAGAUCGCGUCGGAAAGUAAGCUCGGGUGUUUGAAGGAAAGGGGUCCUCGUGGGCACGAUCAGGGGGGAAUGGGAGGUGGUAGUGGUGCUGGUGGUGGAUCAAUGCACGGUACUCCCGCAUCUUCAGAAAGUAAAUCUUCAUCUCACACUGGAGGUGCAAGAACAGAACUUUAGGAACCAGCACGAGCUGAUGUCGAUGUCCACAACAUCAUCCUGAUUUGAUUUUGCAAUGAAGCGACAGAAUGUGACAAAGCAAAUUUUUCAACGAAAAAACAGAAACAUCGAAUGGCAUAGCUGAGCUUGUGCUUUUCUACAUUCGGUCAUGGCCAAUGGUUGUGGACUUGAAAU